UCGUACGCUGUAUAUCCAGCUGAAUAUAACAGUGUAGAGGAAACCGAUUUAAAUCCUAGAUAUUCAAGUAGUAAAUCUGAUGAGGAAUCGCGGAACUCCAGUCCUGAGAAUGUAAGAGAAGUUCAGACUAUGUUUGAACAGACUGAACAAGAUUUGAUUUUACGCAAGAAUUUGAAGCGAACAGUGUCCGAGGAACAGGCGGAUUUUGUUAUCAGAUUACUGAACUGUCCUGAUAUCUACUUCAAUAAGCUACCAUCGAAACAAAUAAAUGAAAAGAGAAGGCUCAGCUCAAUUUCCGAAAUUAUCAAAAAGCGAUUGAGUAUACCAAAACUAUUUGAAAAGAUAUCAGAAGAAGAAGAAGUCGAAAGUAAAAGAACUUUCAAGACUAAAUACAGAAGUAAAAGCCUCAGUUCGCAGGGUAAAAAUGAGAUAACAAUACAACAAAUACAGGCUCUGCGAGCAGUGGCCGAGGGUGAGGAUAAUGUGCAGGAGGUAGUUAAACCUGAGGUCUGGCAGCGGAGGUCAGGGGUUGCAGGAGACGGAGGUCGAGCUAUACCAAAAGAAAUAGUUAGAAGUCUAAGCGAGGCUGGGCUCACUAAUUAUGGAAGAUUGAACGGGGGAAGACGAUCAGCUGUUAUAUUUUCAGAGGAAUUCUAAGCGGUGUUGCGCACACACGAAAUUAUCCUUCAACAAUCAACACCGAAAAAUAUCUCCUGAUCUCACUGUUUUGCCAAACAUUACGGACCUCUGUUUCUCCACAAGAACAAAUAUUUGUUAUUCUAGUAGUGGCUACGGACUCCAGGGCCAACAAGGUCUCCAUCUUUAAAUGACUCCAUGCAAAAUGACAAUGCACAAUUCACACUUUUGUACGUUUUGUUUUACAAAUUCUGUAGAUUGUAGAAUGCGCAAGUCACGUUAGUAGAUAAAAUAAUCAGUUUAAGGGUACAGUUGUGAAUCGAGGAUUUUCAUCUUUGUAUUAAGGUUCACUGAGAUGUUAUCGGAACAGAGCUGAAAACUUUAGAAUGGAUAAACUUUAAUCCUGACUUCUUGAU